AGACUGCCCCUGUUAAGCCAGGAAGUGGGCCAAUGCUUUAGUUAGACGGAUGGUUGCAGGGAGUCGGGGACUAAAAGAGGACCACAUAAUGUGUGUUACUGCCAUCCGAGGCACUUACAUCAGUAUAUUAUGACUGAAUUCAAAUUUGGCAAAAAUACAGGCCAUUUUGACCUGUUAUUUAGUUGUUAAAACUACUUGGAGUUGGAGGAGGGGUGAGAAGCUCGCUCAUCCUCUCUCUUCUGUGAGACUCAGAGCAUGUGAUGAACAACCGACUUCUUCAGGCCAUUCGCAGAUGUGUUGCCUCAACUCCAGGGAAUUAACAGCUGACCUCACAGCUGUCUGCUCUGCGCCGGGCGUAAAGGGACCAUCUCUGUGUUGCUGUAGAGUACUGGUUCAUAUUCUCCAUAACCAUGGACCUGACCGCGCUUUCAGACGACGAGGCCAAGCACGUCUGGGAGGUCAUACAGAGAGACUUCACCCUCAGGAAGAUAGAAGAAGAGAGACUGGGGGACCUAAAGACUAAGAUAGAGAAGGAGGACACUAAGAUUGAGCUGCUGGGUACUCAGACCACCCUGGUAGACUCUCACUGUAUCCGCUGUCUGCAGCCCUUCAAGUUCCUGGUCAACAGUAAGCGUCAGUGCAUAGACUGUAAGAUGUACACCUGCAAGGCAUGCAGCCGCUACAACAAGAAGGAUCACGGCUGGGUGUGCGACCCCUGUCGUAUGACAAGGGUCCUUAAAAUUGGAACAGUGGGAUGGUACCAUGACAACGUGCGCACCCGUUUCAAGCGCUUCGGCAGUGCCAAGGUGAUGAAGUCUCUUUACAAGCGACUUAAUGGAGAGGGUGCCCGGCGUGACAGUGACACACAAAGCAUGCCUGAUUUCCGCAAUGAUAGGUACAAUGGUCAUGAUGAGGACUAUGCAGAAGCAGAAGCUCAGCGAUACAAAAUGAUGCGAAAGAACAAGCGCCUGCUCUCUGUUCAUCCCAUGGACUUGGAUGUGGAUAUAGAAGAGUAUUUUCCACCCCACUCUCGCACUCACUCUCGUCGACAAUCCUACCAGCAGAUCCAGGAGGAGCGAGGUGGUGGUCACCGGGGUGACAUGGAGUUCAUGGAUUCCAUGCAGCAACAACAACACCGCAUGAACCGUAGGAAGAGCCUGGAUAGGUACAACAUGCGCCCUGACGAUGGGCAGUAUGGGAUGGUGCGUGCCCGCUCCCUAUCCAAGAUCAGCUCCUCUAUGAACCGCCAGCACUAUGUGGACACGUCAGAAGAGGAGGAGGGAGGGCGCAACACCAUGUACCAGACCCCCUAUCGCCGACGCCCUUCCUACAGCCGAGUUGGCUCUCACGAGAACCUGCAGGCCCCAACACAGCAACCGGUCAAUGCGCUAAACAAGCGCAUGUCAGCCAUAGAGAGUCUCCUGAACCGGCUGGAGUCCAAGAUGACUCUACCCCCCGAAGAUGAGGAGACGCCCCCGACCGCUGCACAGAUAGAGGAGGAGAAGCUGAGGAGGAAGCUGAGCGAGCUGGCGGGGAACAUCAGUGUUCCGUCCUCCGACGAGGAAGCAGGAGGGGGGAAGAAGACCCCUUUAUUAAAGAGGGCCGCUGUGAAGAGUAACCUCCCAGUCCUCCCCCUAGAGCCCCUCAGUUCCUCCAGCGAUGAGGGGCCCACCGAGGCUCAGCAGAGAUCCACCGCGGCGGCCCUCUGUGACAUCACCAAAGAGUUUCUAAGAACCAUUAAUGCUGCUGAAAGCGCGAUGAACGAGUACUUCCCCUCAAUAACGUCUAAUGACAGCCCCAUGAUAACUGACGUGGCUGACGUAAGGAAAGCAGCUGAGUCUUACAGGGAACUUGAGGAAAAUGUGUACAUGACCUCAGGGAAGUCCUUUGAUCUGGAGAAGAAGCUGAGGCAUCUGGAGCAGAGUGCCAAGAACCGCUUCGGAGGGGCCACAGACUCGGAGCUGUCUGACCUGGAGGACGUGGUGGCUCUGACUGCACAUCGGGUCCAGAGCACUGAGAGUGAGGUGUCUGAUUUGGAGAACAAACUUGCUGCUCUAAGUGCCUCAGGGAAGAAAAAGAUAUCAGGUUCACAGAACAGGAAAAGGUUUAACCAAGACUUCCCCACAAAACCCAGCAACAGCUCAGGAUCCCUACGGAAAUCCAAUCCCAUGUAAAAGGACUGUACGACGAAUAAGCCCAAUGAAACUGUCUGUAUUAUCUUAGUUACUGAAAUAUACCUUCAACCUUAUCUGUCACUGAUCCACUGUAUAUCUGAUGUCAAUCUCAUAUCCACAUUGUUACAGUAUGUUAAUGGUAUAUCCACACCCACAAUGCACAGCAGUUAUGUGCUGUAAAAGCAGGCUACACCAUAGCUAUGUUCAAUGCAAAAACAACCCUGGUUUACUGCCUGAAAGCCAUACGCAUUCUAAAGUAUCCUCUCAGUCUCAAUGUAUCUGAUGUCUAAACUCAUGAAAUGUUAAUGGUAUAUCCACACCCACAAUGCACAGCAGUUAUGUGCUGUAAAAGCAGGCUACACCAUAGCUAUGUUCAAUGCAAAAACAACCCUGGUUUACUGCCUGAAAGCCAUACGCAUUCUAAAGUAUCCUCUCAGUCUCAAUGUAUCUGAUGUCUAAACUCAUGAAAUGCUCUGAUGUGAUUGGUCAAAAGGGCAAUUUGUGGGGAAAAAAUAUCAGAAUUGGGCUUCCUGCUGCAAAACAGUCUAAGUUUCCUGAUUAAAAAAAUGUAUCUGUGCCAUAUAGGCUACCAACAUUCCAGCAGAGGCCAAGGUGACUUUCUGUGUUAAAAUGGAGUUUGAUUAGUGAACACUGGUAAAGUGGUCGUUUCUGUACACUAUCAUGACCUCGUCUAAUAAUGACCUUUUGGGUUGCAUGGGAUUCUGGGAAACAAGCACCACGACUUACUAUCUUACAUCACCAACUGUGUUACAUUCAAAUAACAGAGUGUCUGUUACAUAUUGUCGUAGUACAUAUCUUUCUGAAAAAGAACAGUGAAAUGUUGUCUUGACACUGACCAGACAAAUAUGAUAUGAAAUAACAAGUUAUCUAGUCUGGAUAAUGAUCUCUGUUUUGUUUUCUCUCAAUUCAUAUAAAAAAAUAUGUCUGAAACCGUUUUCAAGACAAUUAUAAAUAUUGGAAUGAAUAUAGGAUGAAUAUAUAUAUAUAUAUAUAUACUGUAUCAUUUGAAAAGCUGCAGUGCGUUGUGCCGUCACUGGGCUUCUGCAUCUAAUAAAUUGUAUCACAUCAA